AUGUUAGCGACUGGUCUUCUGCCCCCUAUUCUGAUUAAUCGGAGAGGAAUAGUGGAAGAGGCCAGCCCAUGGAGACGAUGUUAGCGGCUGCAGCAACUGUUCUCGACCCUCGGGAAGUCACCUGGAAGAAGGUCCUCCUUCUGGCAAGCUCUCUCUGGUUCUGCAUCGUCGCCUCUCUCGUCUCUGCCAAGCUCUUGGUCGAGCGGACCUUCGGGUAGCUGUUAAUCUCUCUCCCACUCCUCUCUUAAUCUUCUCUUUGGGUUUUUCUCACUCCGCGUUUUUCAGAACCAGGAGGGAAGAGGAAGGUCAUAAGCGAAGUUCGAUCCCGCCGCCGGAGGCCCUAGGCGGCGCCGCCGCCGGAGAGGAGGGUGCUGAGGCUGCCUUCCAGUUUAGGUUUAGCUUCCAAGUUCCUGAGCAAAUCACGAGCUACAACGUCUGUAAAAACAGGGAUGAGAAGGUGGGCUCGACAACCGCGAGUAUAAGCAGGUACAGAUUUAUCUCCGAGAGGGACAGAGGAGGAUUCGUGGAAGCUCCGAAGGCCACGACCAUGUUCGUCCACGAAUCCUUCGUCGACGGGGAGAUAGAGGACGACAAGCUGGCGCUGAGGAAGAAGGGCUUCGGAGGCUUCGUCUUCGAUUCCGAGUCGGACGCCGGGGACGAUGGCUACUCUGUUAGGGACCAGCGGCUCGAUUAUGGCAGUGAAGGGUUCACUUCCGAGAGGGACGUCGGGGUGGAGGAGGACGAUUCGAGUUCUUGGGAUUCAUAUGCAGAGGAAGACUAUCUUCCUGCGGUGGAUCGUGAGGUGAAAUAUGAUGGUUCCCAGAUUCCCAGAUCACCUGUUUCGGAGCCCUGCCGCCCAAAUCCGACCAGUUCUUCAGAGCUUCACGACGGGAGAGACUGGGUGGAAUCGUCUGGUGGUCCCGGCGACGGCGAUUCUCCGAGCUUGGUCGCCACUGGCGAAGCUGAGGCGGAAACGGAAGGUCUCUGUGGAGCUGAAGUAGCAGAGUCCGGUGAAUCUCGGGGAGGAGGAACCCAGACGCCGACUGUCUGUGAAGAGUCGGCCGGUGGCGAGGUCGCUGGAGACGGAGAAGACGACGCAACACCGCUGGGCGAACCGGGGCGAGGAGAGGACAAGACCAGAGAAGAGGUGGAGGCGGAACUGGACGCCCUCUGGGAGGACGACGACGUGAUAGAACAGCUGAAGAUGGAGAUCAAGAAGGGGAGGGCCGCCGGGCUUCUUCCCACCAUCUCCGAGGAAUCCGAAUCCCCCUUGUUGGGCUCCGCUACCUUGAAGCCGCCAAAGCUCACCCCUUUGUCCCCCCGGGAGGACCCCAUGGGCGCCCUCCGCAAGCUCCACAAGGGCUACCGGGAGAGGAUGAAGAGGCUGGACGUACUCAACUACCAGAAGCUGUCCGCCAUUGGUGAGCUUCUUCUUCUUCCUCCAACACCACCCAUCCCCCUCUCCAUUCUUCUCAGAUAUUCACCCUGUUUUCCCAUCCAUCCGCCCCAGGCUUCCUCCAGCUGAAGGACCCCCUCCAAUCCGCGGACACCCGGAAGCCCCUUCUCCCCGCCAAACUCUGGCGGAGCCGGCGCCGGCCUUGCGGCGACGGCCCCUCGGAGAAGUUCGUCUGGGAGAUCCAGAGCGACCUGGAGACAGUCUACGUCGGGCAGCUCUGCCUCUCCUGGGAGUUCCUUCAGUGGCAGUACCAGAGAACCAGGUAUAUGGCGGACUCCGGCUCCCUCGCCGGCGGCGGGUUUAACCAGAUCGCCGGCGAAUUCCAGCAGUUCCAGGUGCUCAUCCAGAGGUUCCUGGAGGACGAGUCCUUCCAGGGCCCCCGCAUCCUCAACUACGCCAGGAACCGGUGCCACCUCCGCCACCUCCUCCAAGUUCCGCUCCUGAAGAGAGGUACAGUAAUAUUCGUCAUCGUCAUUCCUUCAAUCCGACAUAGACGGAGCCUUGCCUGAUUAUUCCUCCGGCGGAGCAGACGACUGCCGGGCGAAGAAGAGGAAGCGGGGAGACGAGAAGGAGAACACAACCAUCUCGAUCGAUCACCUGGAGUACGCCAUGGAGAAGUCGAUCAAGGACUUCUGGGAAUUCGUCCGGGCUGAGAAGGACGACUCCCCGGGGAUCAUGAAGGGCCUCCUCACCCCUACCGUGGAGUUGCAGAACCCGGCGGACCGUGAGCUCUCCAUGAAGGUCCAAGCGGCCCUGAAGCAGGUGGGUUCGACCGUUGCGGCGGCGGCGGAGCAGAGGAAGCUCCCUUCUCCUCUUCUAUCUAACCUCCAUUCCUCUUCCUCUCCUUUCUCAGAAGCAGAGGAAGGUCAAGGGGGAGCUCUGCGCCAGUAAGUGCCUGGUGAGGAGGUUCAGGAAGCUCCGCCGCGGCAGAUCCACCAACCAGGAAGACCUGUUCUUCGCGCAGGUGGACGUGAAGCUGGUGGCGAGGGUGCUGAGCAUGGCCGCGGUCACCACGGAGCAGCUUUCAUGGUGCCUCAGGAAGCUCAGCAAGAUCACCUCCGCGGAGAGGAAGCUCCGUAGGGAGCCUUCCUUCUUGCUCUUCCCCUGUUGA